CGUGGCCGCGCCCGAACCGACCGGCUUCUUCGUAUGAGGCGCCCGCGCUAGCGUCGGCAUGGCCCACGCCGGCGCCUAGCGGGCAGAUGUGCAGCCUGGCGGCGCUCGCGCGCGGCUGCCGGCCCGCCGCCAAGCCGUGCUGCCUCUGCUGGUGCUGCUGUUGUUCUUGUUCCUGCCUGGCUGCGCGCGGGUCGGAAGGAGGUCCCGGCAAGAAGCCCCGGGAGCCUGGCCCGCAGGACCCACUGCUCAACGACGGAGAUGCGCCGCCGUCGCUGGAGGAGAUCCAGAGCUGGGGGCAGUCGUUUGACAGACUCAUGCGCAGCGCAGCCGGGCGCAAGGUGUUCCGCGACUUUCUGCGUGGCGAGUACUCGGAGGAGAACAUCAUGUUCUGGCUGGCGUGUGAGGAGCUGAAGCGGGAGACGGACCCUGAUGCUGUAGAGGAGAAGGCUCGCUUCAUAUACGAGGACUACAUCUCCAUACUUUCACCAAAAGAGGUAUCCCUGGACUCUCGAGUGCGCGAGGUGGUAAACCGCAACAUGGUGGAACCCACCCCGCACACGUUCGACGAAGCGCAGCUGCAGAUCUACACGCUGAUGCAUCGAGAUUCCUACCCGCGCUUCGUCAACUCACCUCUGUAUAAGAUGCUUGCACAUGUGCCUAGCUCGCCGGCCGCAUCGCCGCAGUGAAGCUAUGUUUAUGUACUGAGUGGACUUUCGAGUAGAGCGUUCAUGUUCAACAAAUGCAAACGUAUCCGAGCGGCUUAGUGCACGAUGCUCGCACUUUUCCGCUUGACGAUACGCUGCCCGCCCCGUCGAUCGUUCCGUUGGACGCACGCCACUUAGGCUGUAUAUUAAAGCGUUCAUUAUACGACAGAUUCGAGUCUUUCGAUAACUUUAAUUUCGUGGAUACAUUUCUGAAUAAAAAUGGCAGUAGAUUUUGAUGGCGUUCUCCGGCAUUAGGAGUCUUGUGCUUUUAUAACCGGAGAAGUCAUAAAAACUAACUCCUUUUAAAAUGUGUCCACGAAAAUGAUUUCGUACAAAGCCCGAAUAACUCAUUCAUGGAUGAUUCCAUGAUGGUGCAUACAAAACACCUUUAAUGCAUUAUUUCGUGAGCGUAUUUAUUUAUAGCUUUACCACUUAACUCAUACGGUCCGUGAACAACUUCCGUGAUCCUCAGUAGGUGUAGCUCGGUUAUAUAACUUAUAUAAAACAAAUCACACAGAAUAACCUUCAAACCCACUGUAAUCAACCGCUUAACUUAUCACGAUCCGUCUCAGUUAAAUGGUAAUUCUAUACAUGCGUAUUUAUCACUGGAAUCAAAUAUAAGGACUUACGUUUGAACGAAAAGCGAGGCUGGCUCAACUGGUUAUAAUAUUAUUAUCUUUGUAUGCCAGAGAAAUAACCUUGUGUUUCGAGAAUGUGACACAGGUGAUGCUCCAUAUUUUCUGCGCGGGAGAGAUGUUAAAAUGAGCUGCGCGUCGCGUAGUUCUAAAUGGGUCAUGUAGGUAAUUUAGGUAUUUUCCUGUUUAAGAUGAGCUGUUGAGAGAGUAGUUACUAAAUUAAUUAAUCCAAAGAAGGAAUACCAAGUCUCAAUUCUAUGACUUUCUGGAACGAUAGGGAUCAUGAAAUGAAUCUAUUUUUGACCUAGUUGCGCCAGCCUUUCUGGUCAGUUAAAGCAUUUGGUUUUGAGACCAUCGUUAGGUUAUCCGUCCCUAAACCAAUCUAGUCUUGAAAUUUCUUUGUGACCUGGGCUUUAACCGCGAAAAUCGAAGUUCGUAAAUUGCGGGCAUCUUUCUCGGUCACUCUUAUUACGCCUUCAUUGGAGUAAAAGAGAAAGAUCCCCGCAAUUUGCGAAUUUCGGUUUUCGCGGUAGGCCCCCUGUAGCUAUCAGUCAUAAUCGUAGAUAAAGAAGGGAUUGAGAUAGAUUUCAGCGUAUAUAAUUUUAUGAUUGAGAUUGGCAGCUUUAUUGUGAAAGUUUCUAGCUGAUGAAUUUUUCAAUCUUCUGAUCUAAGGUUCGAUAUAGAGUGCCCUGUUUCACAUAAUUUAAUUUGCUAAUAAAGACAACUUAUCGAUUAAACAUGUAUGUAUGUGGGAUGAGGUACGAAAAGCGAAGCGCAGUUAUUAUGGUCUUAAAUUUUUCUAUGGACAAACAAGGGGCUAUUUUAAUAUAAAGUGGCUCUCAUAUAAUAAAUACGAAAUUUACGUUGAUGAAUCUUUAUCACGCUAAUCUGUAAUUUUGCUAGUUCGUAUGUGGGUGGCCACUUUGAAACACUAGUCAUUCUGAUACGUCUUCUUUAACACUGUCUUCGUCUUCUUUGUCUGUUGUCUUUUCUUCUUCUUCUUCAAGAUAAUAAUUACAUAUCUCGGUAUUGUUUUGUUUUAAUCCAAACACACUAGGAAACAAAUGGUCUCGCGACACGUGUCGGCGACAUGCCACAGGCGAAGUCGUACUAAUUCGCGAAACUUCGCCUGACAUACUUGGCGACAUUGCACGACAUUGACAUACGCUGGCGACACGUGUGUUGCCAGACAUGUCGAGAUAAGUUCGACAAUGUCGCGCCACUACAUUCGACGUCACUGGCGACACAUGUCGCGGGACUUUUGUCGCCAGGUGGAUCUUUUAAGGUACAUAAAUGUGACGCAUAUUUUUCUUCAGAGUACACAUCCAGGCGUAUCAUUUUUGACUUGGUUUCAGCUCCGAACUCGGGUUCGACAUCUACUAUAAAGUUGUAACAACCCAUUACAUGACUUUGGCCAGUGAAAUGCCACAAGUUCGUGGCACCCAGACUGAUUCAACGAACAAUUUACGAUAAGAUAAUCUGGUGUACAAUUGGACUAACAACUGAGCAUAAUGUAGCGGGUUUACUAUCUACUAGUUGCUAGCUAAUUUAUGACAGCGUUUUAAUCGUCUUUUGUCAUAAAUUUUUGCAAUUAGUAUAUUAUCGAGUCCUAAUUCAUAACCCCAUUAUAAACGGCAAUAAUAAGCUAUAGUAAAGAAGAUAUUCUUAGCGCAGGACAGCGUCAAUGAGUAUUGUCUUUAAACCCGUUGCAUUAACAGUAGACGCCCAUGAAACGGGUGUAGGGGCCGUAUUAGCAUAGUCAGAUAACUGGUUUGCAGUCAUUGAGCUUAACAUGGGACCUGAUUUUUGUAUAUAAAACCUUAGUUUACUUUGAGGAUCAUACUGAAUCGACCAAUGAAGUAUAGAGAGGCCUCUAUCUCUAAAUACAAUCUUCCUGUUAUGUAAGUUUUAACUGAA